CUUUUGUUCAUACAAAUUUAUGCGUUUGUAGAGCUGUAGAGUUUGUCUUUUCAUUUAUUUAUUUAUGUUCUUGUUGUUAAUUUUAAAAUUAAUUUAGUUAUUUUUAUUUGUUUCAUUUUUCUGACGAUAGUAUUAUUAAUUAUUUUUAUUUUCAGUAUUAGUAUUUUACUAUUUUACUGGUUUGCAUUUGAUUAGAUACCUGAGGUUUGAAGUGUUUUGUUGCAACAUUCGAACAUUUUUAUUUUGUUGAACGCUCGCAAACUCUUCCAAACAAACUUAAUUUAUUUUCAAAUACAUAAAAAAAUAUUAAAAACACAAAAAUUUGUGACGCUGAUUUGACAAUCAAUCAAUGAACAUGAACGGAUUCAAAAACAACAACGGGGAAGGCGAAACUAACGGAACCUCAGUUCACCCUAACCCGCAUCAACAUUACCUUCAAUGGAAGGUUGGACUGGUCAACAAUUCAUGCAAAUAUCUGACCGCUGAAACUUUCGGCUUUAAGAUCAAUGUCUCAGGAGUGAGUCUGCGUAAAAAGCAGAUCUGGUCAAUAGAACACGACCCUGUUGAAGACGAUACGGUGUACAUCAGGAGCCAUCUGGGCAGGUACAUGAGUGGGGACAAGAGAGGGACUGCCACGUGUGAGAGCGAGGAGACUGCGGAUGCUGAGAAGUUUUCAAUUCAGUAUCACCCAGAUGGGUCCGGCCAGUGGGCUUUCAAGAACAAAAGUACUGGAUACUUUCUUGGAGGCACCGAUGUCGAAGUGAGAUGUUACGAAAAGCAACCAGGUAGGUCGGAAUGGUGGACGGUCCAUCUGGCCAUCCACCCCCAGGUGAACUUGAGAAAUCUCAACCGUCAAAAGUUUGUAAGUUUGGAAGGGGAGCCUGGUUCUGAAUCUCUUCGCGUGGCUUCCGUCAUACCCUGGGGCCCAAAAUCUUUGAUCACUUUGGAGUUUCACGAGGGUAGGUAUCGGGUGAGGUCAUUUGAUGAUAGGUACCUCUGCAAGGAUGGAAGUUUGACCAACAAACCUGACGCCGACGGUGAGAACACCUCCUUUGGUCUGGAAAUCAGAUCUGGUCAGUUUUCCGGAUUGGCUCUGAGGGACAAGAGUGGGAAGUGUUUGAGUGGAGUUGGAAGGGAUGCCAUAUUGCAAGCCAAAAACAAAAACGUUGGAAAGGAUGAGUUGUUCACCUUGGUGGAUGUUCACCCGCAGGUCACUAUCACCGCUCACAAUGGAAAGAUGGUCUCCAUACGUCAAGGCGUGGACCCGACGGCCAACCAGGAUGACGAAGUGACGGACAAGGAAAUGUUCCAGGUGGAAUACGAUAAGGCAUCCUCCAUGUGGAACCUCCUCACGUCUGACAACAAAUUCUGGAGUGUUGAAGCUGGUAGUGGGAUUCAGGCUUCAUCUGCUGUCAAGUCUCCCAAAGGCCUCUUCCAACUAGUCUGGCACGACGAUGGUAGAGUGUCCAUUAGGUCAGCAGCUACCGGAAAACACGUGACCUCACGCAUGAACGGAAGUUUGUUUGCCACUGUCGACGAGCCGUCGGAUAAGGAGAAGUUUAUUCUGACGAUCCUGAACAAACCUCGUCUCGUUUUGAAGGGCGAAUACGGAUUUGUCGGGUUCAAAUCCGGAUCGAGAUUCGAGUGCAACAGAACACUCUUUGAUGCCAUACAACUUGUCCAUCAGGAGGGCAAGCAGCCAUUUUAUUUCAUGAAAGGACCAAACGACAAGUACUGCCAAAUAGACCAGGAGGGUAACUUGGUAUCGGAUAGCAACACCCCCACCCCUUUCCUUCUCGAACUUCGCGACCAAUCCAGACUGACCAUCAGAGCCCCCAACGGCAACUACUUGGUGGGUGAGCAGAACGGGCUCAUACUCGCCAAGGCAGCCAGCAUUGAGAAAGCCACGCUUUGGGAAUAUUAACAUGUUUUUUUAAUUAUAUAUUCUGGUAUAAUUAAUAAUUUUUUUAUUUUAUUAUUUAUUAUCUUUAAUUAUUACUUUUAUUUGGUAAUUAAUUUUAUUUUAAUUUAUCGAAUGAAAGUUGAAAAAAGUGAUAUUAUAUAAAAAAAACAGUUAAUUAAACAAAUGAUUACAAAUAAUUAAUCAAUUAACUAACUAACUAAUUGAUAAAUUAAUUAAUUGAUCGCUGCAUUAAUUGUUAAUUUGUCUUGGUUAGCGGAAUUACAUUGUAAUGAAAAUUAUUUUGUGUAAUGGUUCGUUGUUAUUGAUAUUUUUAUCAUCAGUGGUGGAUCCAGAAUCUUCAAUAUUUCUUCUUCUUCUUCUUUUUCUUCUUCUUCUUCUUAUUAUUAUUAUCAUCAACACCAUUAUUAUUCCAUUAUUAUUGUUACUAUUAUACUAAUUUCAUUUCAUCUCUUCGGUCAUGAUUUUGAUCAUCAGUGUUAUCGUCUAACAGGGAAAUUUGAUUAUAUUUUUUAUAAAACCAAAACUUACCAACUUCGCCAUCGUACUUAUUAGUCAGACGUGUGAUCACAUCAUCAGCAUCUUUGAAUCAGUGAUUCUCUUGUAACUCCAUUACACGUGCGUGAUAGCAUGGAUUUCUUUGCUUUUGAACGUGCUCUCUUCUACAGCAGACUCAAGCACCUUAACCAUUAUACUACCUCAAUUCACUGUUAGCAUUAUGCUCGCCACCAGGACCAUAAAUUUGUUUCUCAUUCGUGUUUUGGUGUGAUAGCGUAACGGUUAAGGUGGUUGGCUCUGCUGUUGUCGCCAGUGACCGCAUUCGAAUGCAAAUAGACCCCUGUCUAUCGCAUGCAAUGUGUGUGUGUGUGCGUGCGUGUGCGUGUGUGUGUGUGUGUGCGUGCGUGUGUGUGUGUGUCAUCACCUUCAUCACAUGUUUUCUCAGUAUAAGCAUUGUGUCUUUUGUAUGAGCAAAUAAUAAAAAUAUGCGCGUUUUAACAAUAAUAAAAUAAUAGUAAUAAUAAUAAUAUAAUAAUAACAAUAAUAAUAUUAUCAACCCAGAGCUGCGAAGAGAGGUCUGUAAUAUCCAGCCUAAAUGCUUGAUUUUGUUGUUAUGUUAAUUUGUCGUUAUUAUUAAUAUUAUUAUUGUUGUUGUUGUUAUACUGAGGGUGAUGUUAAUGUCAUACGUUGUUGUUGUUGUGUUAUAUAGGGAUGGUUUUUAUUGACGCUGACGUGUUAGUGGUUAUUUUGACGUGGUGUGUUGUUGCUGAUGUUGUUGUUGUUGGGACGUUUUUAUUCUCCGAGGUUGUUUGUAUUAGCAAUGCAGAUGAGAUUGUGUGUGUGUGUGUGUAUGUAUGUGUCUGUGUGUGUGUGACCUUGUUUGUUUUAGCAACGCAGAUGAGAUUGAGUGUGUGUGAGCGCGUGCGUGUGUGUGUGUGUGUUUCUAUGUGUGAUUGUUUGAUUUGCAUAAUAACUGCGUUGUCCUAAUAUAACAUCAGUAAUUGCGACAACAUUGUCCGUAUUGUUCAUUUUUACGGACUUCUAUAUACAAAUAAUAAUACCGUGUAUGUAUGUGUGUACUCAAAUUGUUGUUGUAGUUGUUGUUGUUGUUGUGAUGAUUUACUAGAGAACACAAGUAUCGCUUGUAUAAUAAUGUUUCAUUAUAUAUGAUUCCGGGGUAGUUUUGAAUAUAUAUAUAUGUAUGUUAUUGUAUGCAUGUAGCUAUCUAAAUCCAAAUCUAUUUAUCCUAACCCCAAUCUUUGUAUCUUAAUCGAUGUAUCUUAAUCCUGAUCUGUGUAUCUUAAUCCCUAUCUGUGUAUCUUGAUCCCAAUCUAUGCAUCCAAAUCUAUAUAUCCCAAUCUAUGUAUCCCAAUAAUAAUCUAUAUACCCCCAUCUAUGUAUCCUCUGGUUGUAUGCACUGUGAAGUCACAUGCAUUUUUUUCCUUGUGUCUGUACUUACAAAAGAAUGUUGAUUGAAGGUUAAGCUUUCAGGGCUAUAGUUCAAUUCUUACACUAAUUUGUACUCAUUGUAACAGCAAUUGAAGAAGAUGUGAGUGUUAUUCAAUUUAUAAGAAUUAUCGUUUCGAAGCAUCAAAUCACAUUUUAAUCAACAACUUUUACUACAAUUUUAGCAGUGUACAAUGUGAAAAUAAAAUUAUAGUAAAAGA